GGCAGCUCACUGUCCAGCUGCUUCUCCUCAUGUUGCUCCUCUCACCCCACAUGGUCUUGAUGGCAGCAUAUCAGUGGAACAUGGGAACAAAACCAGUUGCAUAAAAGUUAUUUAAUGGAAAGAAAGGCUCAAACUACAGGACCAUGGGGUAUGGCCAAAUCCUCCACCAACAUGGAAAAGAGGAGGACCAAGUCAACCUCAACGUGGGAGGCGUAUGCCACAAAGUGGACCCAGACAUGUUGCUCCGCUUCCCUCAGACACGCCUGGCACGUCUGCUGCGUUGCCCGAGUGAGGCCGCCAUCUUGGAGCUAUGCGAUGACUACAGCCCAACCGAGAGAGAGUAUUACUUCGACAGGAAUCCUCGCGUUUUUCUCUGUGUGCUCAACUUCUAUCACACGGGUCGCAUCCACAUGAUGGAGGAGUUCUGCAUUUUUUCCUUCAGUCAAGAAAUUGAGUACUGGGGCAUCCAUGAGGUGCACCUCAGCCCCUGCUGCAACACCUGGUACCAUGGGAGAAAGGAGUACAUCGAGGACAAAGACUGGGACAUCCAGAGUGAAGAACAGGAGCCGAGCUUUGAUUCCUCCUUUGAGGAGCUCUCCGCUCUUGAUCAGGACCUGGCUAAGUUCAAAGGGGCAUGGUGUGGAGAAGUGAGAAGCUACAUCUGGCUCAGACUGGAGGAUCCCGCUCACUCCAAAGCUUCAAAGAUUAUUGCCAUUGCCUCCCUCAGUGUGGUGUUGACCUCUAUCAUUGCCAUGUGCGUCCACAGCAUGCCGGAGUUUCAGCAGGUGGACGAUAAUGAUCGUCCCAUCGAGGACCCUGUCCUCGCCAUCCUUGAGGAGAUUUGCAUUGCCUGCUUUUCCGCAGAGUUCAUUAUCAGGUUCGUUGUUGCUCCAUCCAGAAGAAAGUUCCUUGGAAACCCUCUGAACAUCAUCGAUGUUGCUUCCAUUUUGCCGUUUUACUUCACUUUAGCUCUUGAGAAAUCUGACGAAGAGAGCAUGGAGGAGAGCGAAGACCUGGAAAACGUGGGGCGGGUAGUCCAGGUUCUUCGACUCAUGAGGGUUCUCAGAAUCCUCAAACUGGCACGCCACUCCAUCGGACUGCGAGCUCUGGGUGCAACCGUCCGCCACAGCUACCAAGAGGUGGGUCUGCUCAUUCUCUUCCUCUCAGUGGGAAUCUCAGUGUUUUCUGCCCUCAUCUACUUUGCGGAGAAGGAGGAGAAGGACACUGAUUUGGGGACCAUCCCUUCAGGUUGGUGGUGGGCAAUGAUCACGAUGACUACAGUUGGUUAUGGUGACACAUGUCCUGUGACGGCAGCAGGGAAGGUGGUGGCCACCUUAUGCAUCAUCUGUGGCCUGUUGGUGGUGGCGCUGCCCAUAUCUGUGAUCUUUAAUAAGUUUUCAAAGUACUACCAGAGGAACAAAGCCAUGGAUGUACAGUGUAUCACCAAGCCUGAAAGACAAGACCCUGAACUCCCGCAUUAUAAUAUCAAAGAGCUGUUCACAGGUAGUGUGUACCCCUUCAUUGGAAGCCUUGCAUUCAGGAACAGUGUGAGCAGCAGAGAGGACGACACUGAUGCCUCCAGCUUCCAGGACAUUGAGAUGUGUGAUAAUGACACUUGUGAAAAUGGGCCAGCAAAAUGAGAUUUCUGCCAUUACACACAGCAUCACUCCCUUUAUGACAGCAAGUCAGCCUGUGCCUCUGGGGCCAGUACCAUCACUUACCUUACCGCCUUCCUUCUUCAUGAGGUUCGACAGAGAAAUAUGUUGGGCCACAACUUUUUUGUUCCGUGUCUGUAUGUGUGCCCGUAAAAUACACUGUGUCACUAAAACCAGAAAAUCUAAAGGGAAUUAUCUGCAACCUCCUCAGAGGUUUGAAAGCCCAUUUUCUGCUAGAGAAAACUGUAAUGAUGCAUGUAGGAGCCCAUAAUGUUAAUGUUUUUCAAAGUAAUGUCGUUUAUUGAUUUCCUCUGCUUGCUGAAAGUUCAGACAGAGACGUUGCCAGAUGCGAGAGGAGUACAGUUUGCAGUUUGCAUGGCCCGAUUUGAAAUGCAUUUUUGGAAAGCAAAAUAUUACAAUGUUUGUAUGAAAAAGUAAGAUAAAGCUGAUUGGAAGAAAAUGCACAUCUCUCUCAGAGCACUGUUAGAGCACAGGUUGUUAUUUUGCUCCUGUGAGCAUGAAAUAAAACUUUAUUCUUAUGUGGAUUCAGAUUUUUACCUUCAUUUGUUUUCCCUCAGACAAAAAAUGUGCUCUCAAAUCUAAGUUAAAGUAUUCCAUUUAACUGAAAAUACAAUUAAGAUGCACAUGAAUCUCCAUUUAUCUGCUCACCCUUC